AAAAAAAAAAAAAAAAAAAAAAAAGGAAAUAUUCCCCAAUGCACUAUUAUAAUUUCAUUUCAGAUAAUACCGGACUUGAAGAAAUUCGAAGAUAUACAUAUCAAGGGAGAUCGAAUAAGUCUGGAAGAAAUGUAUGAUAAUUCAUUGAAGGUACCAAUAUGUUAUUACGCUCAUUAUAGUCCACCUGGAGGAACCGAUGAUAGCCCUGUACCACCGGAAUCGAUGUUGGUUUUAUCUGAUUUUGAUGCAACGAGCAUUAAAUUCUCCGAAGGAUUGACAUUCGCUGAAGCAAAAGCUGCCUUGGAUUCUAUAGCCUCGAUACAUGGUCUAUCGCUCAGCAUGAAAAUUAUAGACGGGAAACCUUUGCCGGAACGUUACCCGUUCCUAUUUCAAAAGGCCAAAGCGACAGAUUCUUAUCAACAAAUGGUAGAACGAGGAUUCUCUCAAUUGGCACGCUUUUUAGAACGUGUGCCAGGACUCGAAACUGUUCUCGAAGCUCUUAUGGCACUUCGACCAAAAACCAAAGACAUCAUCAUGACCCUUCUUGCUCCAGAAGGUCCAUUAGCUCUGAUCACGCAUACGGACUUCUGGUGUAAGAAUUUACAAUUUCAUUAUGCCCAGGAACGUACCACGUGUUUCAUUCUCGAUUGGCAAAUGGUUGCUUAUAGCAGACCAACGAACGACGUUGCAUUAUUAUUGUUGAGCUCAUUGCCAAGCAAAUUGCGCCGAAAACACACGGAAUCUCUUUUGGAUUCAUAUUGGAUCGCUUUAAAUCGUUCCUGCUUCCUUUACGGAGUUGAUAUACCAAAAGAUCUUGGAUAUACGAGGAAAGAUCUCGCUAAGGAUUAUAGAAAAUCUCAAUUAUUGGCAUUAUUACUUUGUAUUGGAUCUAUAGAUAUAGCUUUGGGACAUCCACAAACGGAACAACGUUUAAUCGAUGUACUUCAAGAUCUUCAUAAUGAUGGCAUAUUAACCGAAGAGAUUGCAAUAACGACGACAGAAGCGGAAGCUUAAACGGCCUUCCCCUAUUAAUGGAACUAUAAUUCCUUCCUAUUCCAGUGAAAAGAAAAAGAAAAGGGGGGAAGAAAAAAAAAAAAUAACAUAUAAUACACGAGCCAAGCUCUUCCAAAUGGGCCGUAGGAAGGUUUAUACUUCCAAGCUCUCUCGCUUCGAAGAUAUGGUAGCAGAAUUUUUAUGUCGAUGUGUAGACUUUAAUGCCAGCAAUGAUUAUUAAAGCAGUAUUAAAGAUCGGGCAAAAGUGUGAUAAUCGAUUACAUGAAUAUAAAGGGCAGUAUCGUGUCUCUUCUUUUUUUUUUCUUUUUUUUUUUUUCUUUUUUUUUUACCUUAAUGAAAAGAAAAGAAAAGGAAGGAAGGAAGGAAGAAAGAAAAGAAAAAAAAAAGAGAGAAAUUGAAAAAAAGGAAGAAGAAGAAGAAGAAAAAGAAAAUGAAAAAAAAAAGAUACAACCAAGGAUAAAAAAGAAAGAAGAGAAGAGGAACACGUUCAAUUGAAAAAUUAUAAAGUGCGUAAAAUAUGAAUUUGAUGAGAAUGUCAUUGAAUCGAUGGUAGAUUUAACAUGCACUACUUUCAUAUUUCUACCAUGUACUGCUCUGCACGAUCUUCUAAUUCACGGCACAAUUUAAUGAAAUCGAUAUAGGCCGUAAAACUCAUUGAUAUACGAUUUGAAAACGAAUGAGAAAAUAUACAUUUAGUAAUGAAUGCGCUUUUUUUUUUUUCCUCAAGCAUGACGUGUAACAUUAGGUAUUAAUGAACUUUUUAUCGACAACCUUAUAUAUACCAUUUCGCCGAUACUUCUGCUACUGUAAACCUUUUUAAUAACGUACCAUGUAUGUGUAUAUGGAUUGAGUUUUCAAACAUCUAUAUAUUAACGACGUGCUAUUUUUCUGUGCAUCAAAUUGAAAUGUGUUUAUUAAUAUAAUAUUUUAUAUUCGUUAAUAAGAACGAAACAUUUGUUAGAAAUCAUCCUAAGAGAAAAUGAUAAUAAUGCUAUUUAUGGGUGCUCCUUACUAUUUAUGGGUCAAAUACAUUUCCUCACCGAUCAUAUUAUUCUAACGAAUUAAAGAAAAGAA